AUGAUGGAUGAUGAUGCAGAUAUUGCUGUUGUUGGUAUUGGAUGCCAUCUCCCUGGAGGUGAAGGACUUGAAAACUUCUGGCAGGUUCUUCUUCAUGGAAAGAACUGUGCUGUACAAAUACCAACUGAAAGAUUUGACCUCUCUCAAUGGUACGAUUCAGAUGACAGUAAAGCAGGAAAGACGUAUACAGCGAAAGCAGCACUCAUUGAUGGUUUAAAUGAGUUUGACCACAAGUUCUUUGGCAUCACUGAUGCUGAAUCAACGAACAUGGACCCUCAGCACAAACUUUUGCUGCAGUGCACCUACAGAGCACUAGAGGAUGCUGGGGUACCAAUGGAAAAGGCGAGUGGAACAAACACAGGAGUGUUUUUGGGCCUAAUGAACAGGGACUUUGAGUUGGCCUCAAUGAAAAACAGCCCAAAACACAUAGACCACACCUACAGUACUGGUACAGCGAUGAGCAUAGCUGCCAACCGCAUCUCCUAUAUAUUCAACUUUACUGGUCCCUCACUCUCCAUUGACUGUGCCUGCUCCUCAUCACUUGUUGCCCUUCACUUUGCUUGUCAAGCCAUAAAACAAGGUGACUGUGAAAUGGCUGUGUGUGCGGGGGUGACUUGUAUACUAGAGCCUACAACCUUUGUGGCUCUCUCCAAGGCAAAGAUGAUCUCCCCUGAAGGCACCAGUAAACCUUUCAAUAGGAAAGCAGAUGGAUAUGGCAGAGGCGAAGGCUGUGGUGUUGUUCUGCUGAAGCCUUUGAGAAAGGCUCUCCAAGACCAUGAUUGUGUUUGGGGCAUCAUUAGCAAAACAGCAGUAAAUCAAGAUGGCCACACUGUUAGCCCAAUCACCAAACCAUCUAUGGUCCAGCAGGAGGAGCUACUUAGAAAAAUCUACUCAACAGACACUGACCUGACUAGUGUACAGUACGUUGAGGCUCAUGGGACAGGGACUCCAGUUGGAGAUCCAAUAGAGGCAGGAAGUAUUUCAAAAGUCAUUGCCAGAGCAAGACCUCAUGAAUCUGGACCACUCCUCAUUGGUUCUGUUAAGAGUAACAUUGGACACACAGAAUCUGCAGCAGGUGUUGCCGGGCUUAUAAAGAUUCUUUUGAUGAUGAAGCAUGAAACCUUUGUACCAUCAGUGUUCUACUCAGAAGAAAACUCCAGCAUAGACACUAAAUCUCUCAAUCUAAGAAUCCCCACUACAACAGAGAAAUGGGUCAGUAGUCAUAAUGCAGUGAGAAGUGCUGGAGUCAAUAAUUUUGGGUUCGGUGGAACAAAUGCACAUGCAAUUAUCAGACAGUAUGUUCAGUCAAAAAAAACAAGAGCUCAGAUCAGUAAAACACAUCAGUUCUUUGUGCUCUCUGCAGCCUCAGAAAAGUCCAUUAAAAAUGUAAUUGAAGAUACUGCAAAGCAGAUUAGUGAUGGAACAAUUUCAGAUCUACAAUCUUUACUGUUCACAUCUGCUUGUAGAAGAAGUCACUUGAAACACAAGUACAGGAAAGUAUUUCAGACAUCAUCUUUGACAGACCUGAAAGAGACACUUACUGCUGCUCUACAGAAAAAGGUUGAACCAUCAAAGACAGACUCCAAGUUAGUUUUUGUGUUUUGUGGAAAUGGUGUAACUUACCGAGGUAUGUGCAGACACCUUCUAAACAAGGAGUCUGUUUUCAGGGAAGUCAUCAUGAAGAUUGAAACUCUAAUGCAAAACUAUACAAAUUUCAACUUAAUAGGGAAGUUGGAAAGUGAAUCUGAAGAUUUCUCUGACCCAAAGAUUGUCCAGCCUCUUCUGUUUGCUAUUCAAGUUGCUAUCGCCAGCCUUCUGAAGCACUGGGGUGUCAGUCCUGAUGUUGUUCUUGGGCACUCCAUUGGAGAGGUCGCUGCAGCUCAUUGUUCUGGUUUGUUGUCACUUGAAGAUGCAGUAAAGAUCAUCCACUAUCGCAGUUUAUUGCAAAGCACUGUGACAGGAGGAAAGAUGCUGGCUGUCAGUAAUAUGGCUGUGUCUGAAAUCUUGAAAGUCCUUCCAUCUUAUUCAGGAAAGGUUUGUCUGGCUGCUUACAACAGUCCACAGUCCUGCACUCUCUCAGGAGAUGCAGAUGAUAUUGACAGAUUGCAUCAAAAUUUGAGCAACUCAGCCAGAGGAAAAGAUCUUUUUCUACGAAUUCUGGAUGUACCUGCCGCAUAUCAUAGCCACAAGAUGGAUCCCAUUGUAUCCAGAGUGAAAGAGAAUAUAGGCUUAUUACAGGGACACAGUCUGGUGGCAGAAUUGUUUUCAACAGUGACAGGUGAAAGUCAGUGCUCCUCAGAUUUUACUACUGGUGAAUACUGGGCGAGAAAUAUCAGAGAGCCAGUUGCAUUUGAACAAGCGGUGAGGUCAGCAGCUAAAAACAAAAGGAAUGUGAUCUUUGUUGAGAUUGGCCCAAAAAGAUCUUUGCAGAGGUACAUCACAGAGACUCUGGGAAAUGAUAUUACUGUGCUUCCUUCAGUGCAGCCAGAAAAAGACCAUGAGACAGCCCUAGCUACUGUAUUUAAAUUGUUUGAACAUGGAGUAAAAGUGGACUGGGAAAUGUUCUACAAAGGUUUUGAGACUGAACCAAUUCCCUACCCAAGGUAUCAGUUUGAUAAUGUGAAGAAAGUCAUUGCACCAAAUUUGCAAUUGGCUGGUCCCUCAAGCAACCACCCAGUAAUUACACAACACAGUACAGACAGUUCUGUGUUUAGCUGUGAUCUGUCAUCUGACUCAGUAGCCUUCCUGCAAGACCACAAACAUAAUGGUGUUGCCAUCCUCCCAGGAGCGUUUUAUGCUGAGUUGGGCCUAGCAGCUUUUAUGGAAUAUGUAAAGCCCAAAGUCCCAAUCAGUUCUCUGAAGCUCAGCAUUACAUUCCAGAAUCCUUUUGUUUUCACCCAAAAUGCUCCAGACCUGAAAGUACAACUGGAUCCAUUAGACAAUUCACCAGAGAAAAUGUGCAAGUUCAAAAUACAGUCUACUUCUGCAGUCUAUGCAAGUGGAACAGUAGACUCAAAGUUAGGUAGAAUGCCUGAAGAAGAAUCAAUUUCUUUGGACUGUAUAUUCAGAAGAUCUAAAAAUCUUGUGACAGCUGAAAGGUUCUACAAACAUCUCAGUAAUACAGGAUUUGAGUAUGGAUCUGUAUUCAGAAAUGAGGCAGAUGUUUAUUGUGGGGAAGAGUUUAAAGAAUGUAUAUCUGUUGUGAGGGUUCCAGAUGAAUUACUGCCUCACUUACAUGACUAUUACCUUCACCCUGUUGUCCUAGAUUAUGUCAUGCAACUUAUUCUUACAACUACGAUUCAUGAUCUUUCAUCAAGACCUCAAUUUCCUACACAAAUAGGUAGCUUGACUGUAUUUGAACCACUGCAAGAGGAGAUGGUUGUGUAUCUGAAAGCAGUACACAUGGAAGAAGAUGUUUUUGAAAUUUGUGGCUGCUUAAGCAACAAACAGGGUAAGGUUUUGGUUGAGCUAAGGAAUGUGCAGAUUAGAAAGCUAGGCAGUCGCAGUCGGGUAGUUGAAGAAUACUUCUACCACAACAGCUUUAGUAUCAUCUCUGAAGAUGCCACAUUUGAUACAUCAAUCAAGGCACUGGUCUUUACUGAUGAAGUAGGAAUUUCUAAAGGUUUGCAAAAAUACUUGCACACAGCAUCUAAAUAUAUAAGUUCCUCACUAAGCAACACACUACUGGAAUGUGGAGUUGAAUCUGUUUUGUCAAAACUGAGCAUUUCAAAUGUAAAGAAAGAGUUUCAGGAAAUUUUGUUUAUUUGGGGUGAUGCAGAUCUAACCUCUUGCAAAUCAGAGAUAAUCUUGGAGAGCAUGGCAGCGUGUUGUGAGAAUUUCAAAAGGAUCAUUGCAUAUCUUAAAGAAGUUCUUUUCCCAGGUGCUAUCAGAGUAAUAACCCACAGGUCCUCUGAAGGCCUAGUGGACCACAUCAGUCCUGGGUUUGUAAUGUUGGGCAUGACAAGAGCAUGUGCAGCUGAGCUGUCAGAACUCUCCUUUCAACUGAUUGACAUGGACUCUGUCUCCUCUAAAGACAUCAGAGCAUUGGUUCAGGUCCUCAAUGCAUACCCCUGUAGCAAAUAUCCAGAGCUGGUGUUGCAUGAUGGUAAGAUUCAGAAACCUGAAAUCACCCGCACACCAUUGCCAAACAUCGAAACACAUAAACAAAGCAUUCAUAUGUUGCAUAAUGAAAUCGGGUUCUUGCAAACAUCUGAUCCAUAUGAAAUGACAAAUAUAUCAGCAAUUCAAGUGGAUAAUUCCAUUGAACCAAUUUCUGGAAAAAAUAUUGCGGUUCAAUUAAAUAAAAUUUGUGUGCAUUCAUCAGACUAUUUUCCAGUCAGCACCUCUGACUUCACUUAUGGCCACACAAUGUAUUGGAACAAACACACAACCCAAAACCAUAAGCUUUUAGCUCUUGAUUACAGUGGAAUUGUUACAGCUGUGGGAAAAGAUGUAAGGAAACUGAAAGUUGGGGACCAUACUGUGUGUUGUUAUCCUGUUGCUGCAAGCUCCAAAGUUGUUCUUCCAGCAGCUGUUUGCUAUAAAACAAAGCAACUUUCAUUCCUGAAGGACAACCCUUGUGUCUCCUUUAUGGUACUGGCCUGGGAGAUCUUGCAUAAGGUUUUACCCAAAGCCAGACAAAGGAAACUGGGAAUUUUCUCAACUGUUCCUGACUCAUCUCUGAUAAAGGUGUUAACAGCUACUGCACACAGAUCAGGUUGGGAUGUCAAAGUAAGCACAGAGACAGAUCAGCUUGCAUUUGAUUUCAGAGAGGUUGAAGGAGCCGUCCUCAUUCCUCCAUAUAAUAAGGAGAUAAUUGAAAAAGUUAAAAAUGUCGCUGUCAUCAAAGAUGUUGUUCUUGUUUAUGACAACCAGCCAAAUCUACCAGUAGAUCCAAAAACUUUCAGAGUUUCAAAUGAAGUCCACAUUCAUUAUCUCUUCAUGUCCCGAAUAAUGCAGCAAUGGUAUUUGCAGGUACAGAUGCCACAAAUCUACCACUGGCUGAAAUCUGUGCAUUUGGACAGAAAGUCCUUGGCUUUGGACACAACAACAUUUCAAAGAGUGAAAUCUCAAGACAUUGAUCUUCUGUAUGUGAAUGAAUCUAAAUCAUACUUCACAUGCCAGAUUCUGCCCAUUAUAACACUGAAUAAUGAUGCUAAGAACAAACUGUCAGAGAUUCCGGUGUUGCCCAAACAAAGUCUUUUCCAGAAAGGAUCUGUCUAUAUUGUCACAGGUGGCCUUACAGGGCUGGGAUUUGAGACAGUGAAGUUCAUUGCUCAGAAAGGAGGAGGGAACAUUGUCAUUUUUUCUAGGAGUAAUCCGAACCCUCAGCUUCAGCAAGAGAUACAGAAUAUCAGUAAUAAUCAUGAUUCUGUCAUUAAGUGUCUACAGUGUGAUGUUUCCCUAUCAGAGCAAGUACAACAGACAAUUGUUCAUAUUGGAAAACUUUUUCCAUCCACUCCAAUCAAAGGAGUCUUUCACAGUGCAGUUGUCCUCCAUGAUGGGCUCAUUGAAAGUCUUGACAAAUCUCUUUUUGAGAAAGUUAUGAGACCAAAAGUAAAUGGAGUGAUUAACCUUCACAAUGCUACUAAACAUUGCAAUCUGGAUUACUUUGUGUGUUAUUCCUCCAUCUCUGCCUUUAUUGGCAAUGCAUCACAGACAAACUAUGCAGCUGCUAAUUCAUUCAUGGACUCUUUUUGCCAGUACCGCAGAAAUAUUGGACUUCAAGGACAGUCAAUCAACUGGGGGGCUUUGAAUCUUGGCCUUCUGUUUAACAAAGUGCAUCUCCAAAAAUUUUUGGAGGCAAGAGGAAUCAUGCUUAUGGAGACUCCAGAAAUUCAUGAAAGUCUUGAGCAAUGUCUUUUGAUCAACAAGCCUCAACAAGCUGUAUGCAAAUUUGAUUUUAAAAGCUACCAGAAUAACGUCCUCACUCAAAACAAGUCAUUGAAAAUGCGGCUGUUCAAACUAAUAGAUGAAGCCAUUAGUAAAGAUAAAGUGAACUUAUCUGGACCUGAGCAAUCCACACCAUCCUCUCCGCAAGGGUAUAUAAGGUCGAUGAUCAGUGAAACAAUUGGUGUUGACUUGGAUGAGCUGAAUGAUGAUGUUCAUCUUGUCGAUUUGGGUGUUGAUUCAAUGCUAGCAAUGACACUGCAGAAUCUUAUCUUCAUUGAUAAAGCUGUUAAUGUCCCUCUGGUCACUCUACUGGAUCCAAACAGCACACUGUUAACUCUCAUCAAAAUCCUGGAGGGGAAUUCUGUAGGAGACUAUAAGAGCACAGAUGAACAAAUAUCAACAUACCUUUAA